CAAUGCCUUCAUUAUAUUAGUUUAUCUUCAGUUUAAUCCGUCAGCACCGUUUACAACGGAGACCUUUGGUUUCAUUCGGAACCCGAGACUUGGAGACAAAAUUCACUGUGUGGCGUUUGUGGUGGACGGAAGUACUAUUGAUGUCAUUCCACAAAAAAUUCUCAAACAGCUUAAGGAUUUACAGGGAAGGAUGAAUCAGAGAAAUAUUCCCCAGGUCGUGUAUUUGACGAAGCUUGACAAAGUCUGCGCAAGCGUUAAUAAGGACGCGUCUAAAAUGUUCCACAGUCCAGCCGUUCGUGACACAGUCGACAAGGUCGCUGAUGUCAUGGGACUACCACGUGGCUACAUCAUGCCAAUCAAAAACUACGAGAGUGAAACUAGUUUGGAACCCAACAUUGACAUCUUGAUUCUGAAGGCGUUGAAGCAGACGGCAGAUUUCGCAGACGACUACUUGGAGGAACAGGUGGAUAAAAUGGCCGCCGAAGGAAGAAGAGAGGAGAAAGACUAAAAGUGAUAGUUGGUAAAGAAGCUCAAUUUACUGAAUUCUAAAACAACUUACAUGUACAAAUAUUACACAGGAGCAUGGAGAAGAAAGAUGCAAUGCGGAAAGGAAGUCCUGUUGUACAGUA